UCUGUAAGAGUUAUUAACAAGAGCUCCUUCUAGCGGGAAGUAAAGGUAUUACACCGCCCAUCUGCUCAGAGAGAGAGAGAGAGAAAAAAAAGGUGCGCUGCUCCAGUCCGGUCCAUAUGUGUAUCCAGAGGUGAUUUCUGCUCUCAGCGUAUUUCUGUUUAUUUUCCUGGGAUGUUCUUGAAACGAGAAGGUUGACAGUAAAUUGGUGUAACCAUCACUUGGUGCCUGCUUCCUGACUUGUGGCCUUUACAUUUCUGUAGCCAAACUACAAAAAGCCCUGGACCAAUCAUAGAAAAGACACAACAUCAUCAUGGACACAGACUCUGUCCACUCUGGCCACUCGCAGCACUCACGGGGGUCAAACAGACACAGUGAUCGCAGUAAGGACCGGCACAAACCACGCAGUCAUGAUGGCAGCAAUCGGUCCGACAAGAACGUCACCAUCAGCAGCCUGUCUGCGCAGACAGGAGCGACAGGACAGACCCCGGCUAGCACAGAGCCUCAGGACGAUAACUGGGCCGAGACCACCACGGCGGUGACCGGUACCUCAGAUCACAGUCUCUCUCAGGAGGAGCUGGCCAGUUUUGGGAAGGAGACCGUGGGUAGCGUGCAUAAGCAGAGCUUUGUGCGUUUGCUGCCUCUGGCCCUGACACUGCUCCUUGGACUGGUGGUUCUGGUUACGCCACUAGCCUUUGUGGUGCUGCCACAGCUGCUGUGGGCUGAGCGUGUGCAGUCGUGUGGCACAGCCUGUGAGGGCCUCUUCCUCUCACUGGCCUUUAAGCUGCUGAUCCUAAUGCUGGCAGGCUGGGCCCUGUUCCUGCGUCCGCGCCGGUCCACACUGCCUCGCCUGGCUGUUUACAGAGCACUGCUCGCUGUACUCACGCUGCUGCUUCUACUCUCAUACUGGCUCUUUUAUGGAGUGCGCAUCCUUGACAGACAGGAUGAGAAUUAUCAGGGGAUAGUGCAGUUUGCCGUGUCGCUGGUGGAUACGCUGCUGUUUACGCACUACCUGGCCGUGGUGCUGUUGGAGGUGAGGCAGCUGCAGCCGUGCUUCUCAUUGUGUGUCACACGCUCGACUGAUGGAGAGACACGACACUACAACCUGGGCCAGCUCAGUAUUCAGAGGGCAGCUCUGGUGGUCCUGGAGCACUACUAUAAGGACUUCUCAGUACAUAACGCUGCACUGCUGACUGCUGCCAAAUCCCGGACGGCCAAGCAUCUGGCUGCUCUGAAGGUCUACAAUGUGGAUGGUCCUGGCAGUGACGGUGCAGCGAGUCAGUCUCGAGCCAAGAUGGCUGCUGCGGCCCGACAGAAAGACGCCGGCCACAGUGAGCUUUACUACGAGGAGGCUGAUUAUGAGAGAAGAGUCCGGAAACGCAGAGCACGGCUGGUGGUGGCAGUAGAGGAGGCGUUUACACAUGUACGGCGGUUGCAGGAGGAGGAAAAAAAGAAGCCUCCAGGAGACGUGAUGGAGGCACGUGAGGCAGCUCAGGCAAUUUUCCCCUCAAUGGCACGUGCGCUACAAAAGUACCUGCGCACAACACGUCAGCAGCACUGCCACAGCAUGGACAGCAUCCAGAGCCACCUCGCUUUCUGUAUUACCAACAACAUGAGUCCCAAGGCGUUUCUGGAGAGCUACCUGACUCCUGGUCCGACUCUGCAGUACAACAGCGAGUGCUGGCGAGCUCUGCAGUGGACACUCGUCAGCGAGGCAUCGGUCACCAGCCCACUGCGUCACGGCACCGAGUUCCAGCUGAAAAACAGCCACUUCUGCCUGGUGGUCAGCAGCAAGUCUAUCCCGCAGCUCAGAAUCAGCGAGGAGUACAUCCACCCAAAAUCACACAAGUUCGUGCUGCAAGUGCAGUCAGAGACCUCCGUCUGACCCUCUGCCGCGUCCGUCGCUUUUAUACACAAACUCAGAAACGGUGUUUCUUUCUUUUUAUUCCCUUUUUUUUUUUUUAAAAAGAAAUCCCUUAUCGGACGUUCUCAUAUCGGACAUAUUUUGAUACGCAGCAGUGUGUUUCUUUUUGAAAUGAAAAGUAUUAAUGUACAAGACUUUGUAUUUGAGUGUGAUACAAGUGUGAGAGUGUGUUUUACUGUAUGUGUGUAAGCUAUGCUUAAGAAUUAAAGGCUGCUGUUUAUUAAUGGAGGCAUCGAACAGAAGUGUAAAACCUGAACUGUGAUCAUUAAGAAGUGUUGUCUUACAUGUCAUGUGACUUGCCUAAUAGACAAAAACAGACACUAAGGAAGUGACCGCAGAAUCAUUACCUACAGUUACCUAAAGGAACCAUUUGAAAAUGUAUUUGACACGAUGGACGACUUUAAUACCACAUUUACAAGAGAAGAUGAGACACGGUGUCACCUUAGUCCAUAAAAAUAAAAAAAUAAAAAACUCCUCAAAACUUUUCUAAUGCGCCAAUUUCUCGUUUGGGAUUUCGUCAUUGUGGUAAGACCACGAACCGUGUAGGGCACCCGAGCCCAGGAAUGCUGCCUAAACCUUUUUGAUAAACCUUUUAAUGUAAGAGGGCUUAAAACCUUUUCACCAAAAGGGUUCAUUAAUCAUUCAAAUGCAGCAGAAAAACUACCUAGUGAACAUUUUUUUUUACAUUACAGCCAAUAAAAACUUUUCUACUUGUAUUUAUAGGAUUAUGAAUGAGUUUUUUUUUUUCUUCCCUGUGUCCUCUCUGUGUGAUGAUAUAUGAUGUGUCCCUGUCAACUUGUGAAGAAAAAGGCAGCCGUCACCUAAUCCUGCCGAUUUCUAUGACAAUAGGAAACCUUUUUAUUUUUUGUAAAAUCUGAAAGAAUACAGUCAUCCUGUACAUUUUAUAUUGUUUACAUUGGUAUAUAUAUUUUUUUUUGUGUACAUAAGUCUGUGCGAAUUUAAUUUAUGAGUAUAUGUACAAACAUCUUAUGUACUUUUUGCAUGUAUAUAUAUUCAUAUGACAGUGUUAAAUUUCCUUCUGAGAUCAUUCAUUAAUAUGAACUCCUUUCAGAUCUUACGCUGUUUUCCUUUGUCUUCUGAUCAUCUCAUACGUUUGCUCUUAAAAGAAAACUUCAUCCUGGUUUCUAAUAAAAUUUUUAUGUCUGAGACAAAUAAGUGAUAUACAGUGUGUUAUGUUACACACUCGUUCAAGCCAUGAUUGACUGGUAUUAAUGGGACAAAAGUGAGCCAAGAAAGCAUUCCCCACACCAUUACACCACCUCCACCAGCCUGGACUGUUGAUACAAGGCAGGUUGAGUCCAUGGAUUCAUGCUGUUGGUGCCAAAUUCUGACCCUAACAUCUGUGUGUCUCAGCAGAAAUCGAGAUCCAUCAGACCAGGCUACGUUUCUCCAGUCUUCACCUGUGCAGUUUUGGUGAACCUGUGCUCACUGCAGCCUCAGCUUUCUGUUCUUGUCUGACAGAAGAGGAACCCGACGUGGUCUUCUACUGUUGUAGCCCAUCCGCCUCAAGUUUCGACGUAUUGUGCAUUCUGAGAUGCUUUUCUGCUCACCACAAUUAUACAGAAUGUUUAUCUAAGUUACUGUAGCCUUUCAGUCAGCUGGAUGUUUUAAUUUAUUUUAACAUUCUGCAUAAACUCUAAAGACUCUAAAGCAGUUAUAGACGUUCACAUUUUUCCCCACACAUUUUCACAUUUCCCCCCUUUCUGAUGGUUGAUGUGAACAUUACCAAAAAUUAUUUCUCAUGACUCUCUGAAAUUGAGAAGCAAGGACAAUCAGACUAGCAAUCUGCACUGGUUGAUUUACCGGUACUGAUGUCAUUAUGUAUGUGUAGGCCUCUCAUCACAUGAUUGCAUGCUUUCAAUCUAGGUAGCUACAGUCAGUACACUAUGUGGCCAAAAGUAUGUGGACACCUGACUAUCACAGCCAUAUUUGCCCAUUCCAAAACCAUGGGCAUUAACACAGAUUCAGUCCCUCUUUUCUGUUCGAAUAACCUCCACUCUUUUGGGAAGGCUUUCCACUAGAUUUUGGGAUGCUGCUGUGGGGAUUUGUGUUCAUUCAGCCAUAACAGCAUUAAUGAGGUCAGGCACUGAUAUCGGUCGAGAAGGUCUGGUGCACAGUCAGAUUGCUUUAUCUCAAAGGUGUUCGGUGGGGUUGAGGUCAGGGCCACGUGCAGGCCACUCGAGUUUUUUCCACAACCAUUUCGUCAAACCAUAUCUUUAUGGAGUUCACUUUGGGCACAGUAUGGGGAACGGCUACAUAUGGGUGUGAUGGUUAGCUGUCCACAUACUUUUAGACAUAUAGUGUAAUUAAUUCAGUCAUUCAUUCACCUUCUGUAACUGCUUUAUCCAGGUCAGGGACACAAUAAGUAAUAGGCUUCCUUAAUGAAAUUCAUUUUAGCCAGUAAUCCUGACCUCUCGUAUUUGCGUUCUAUUUUCAGAAGAAUUUUGUGCUGCCACGUCUUCCCA